AUGCAAUUGUCUAAGACUUAUGAGCUAAAUCCCAGAGGCGAAAAAUCAUUUCCCUCUCUAAAGCGAUCUUCAAGCAACCCAAAGCAGCGCCCUGAUAUUGACUUAAUUGCUCCUCCAGUAAACAAAGAAUACCGUGAGCUUGAGCUAAUGAUGCAAAACAAGAAUCGAGAAAUCGCAAAGCUCGAAAAUAUGAACAAGCAGCUUGUCAUGGGCCAACAAAAGCGAGACGAAAUUAUCGCUUCUGCACUAGAAGAAAAUCGAAAAUUAAAAGAAAACAUCAGAUGAUAUCAACGUCUGUUAAAUCAAACCAAGAAACAAAUGAAAGCAGCCGAGAUUUCUAUGCCUUCAAAAUCCAAACAGAAUUAUCAAGAUUACCAACCAAAGCAAGAAAAGCGCUCAGAGAGGAAAAACACUCACAAUUUAAUUCAGCAGACCACAAAUUAUAUGGAAAGCGAAGAUAAUAUUGCAAAAAGGAAAAUCAUUGAUAAUUUAUUAGAUGAUUAUGAUAUAGAGUUUUCCCUUGAAUUAUUUAAAAAAUAUAUAAGAAUUUUACAUUUGGCAAUUAUAGGGGAGAAUUGUAUACUUUUUCAGAAAAAUUAAAUGCGAUGGAUAAUUCAACUAGAAAUGAAAUUUUUGCUUAUAUAAAAGACCAAAAAAAAGAAUACGAAAAAUUGCUAGGAUUGACUAUGAGAUUGAAAAAGCUCAUAUCUGGGUCUCAUCAAGUUUCAAUUUCUUUAGUUUUAGAUGAAGCAAUAGAGACAUUGGUACAUGAAACCUGCGAAAAUUUAAUUUGUGAUAGAGCUAGUGUGUUUUUAGUUGACGAACUUAAUGGAGAAUUAUGAACAAAAGCUGCAAAAGGGACUAAUAAAACUAUUAGAAUUCCAAUGGAUAAAGGAAUAGUGGGAUACGUAGCUAUGAGCGGAAACAAGCUAAAUAUUGAAGACGCUUAUAAAGACAGCAGAUUUAAUAAAGCAGUCGACAUACAAACCUCGUAUCGCACAAAGACUAUCCUUGCAAUUCCUAUUAAGGAUCCUUCAGGGAAUAUUAUAGGUGUAGCAGAAGCUAUAAAUAAAGUUGACGGGAUUUUUACACCAGAUGACGAAGCUCUUUUUGAGCUCCUCUCAGCUCAGGCAGGAAUUAUGCUAACUACUCCAAAGUCAGAGAAUUAAAUUAUAGGAAAAAUUUUGGAGAAAUUAGUUUAUCUAUAAGCAAGAAAAAUAUUUUUCAAUAUAAAAUUAUCUUUUAUAAAUAUGAAUUAUUGCUAUAUAAUUUUAUUUAAUAUAAAACAGCCAUAAAUUUUAUAAACAAACAUAUAUUUUUACUGCACAGUCCUAAAAAAAGUUAUAAUGAAUUUUAAAAGAAAAUUCAUUAGCUCUCAAAGGUAAUCGAAUUAAGAAACUCUAUGAGAAAUGAAAUUUCUAUGCUAAUGCUCCACAAAAUGCGGUUGGUAUUAGAAACUUGUAUAUUAAUAACUGAGGCAAAUGAAAUUGUAAAAGUCAUGGAAAUUUCUGAAGAAAGGUCAAAGGACCUUAUGGGCACCGAUGUCUCCAAAAUAUACAUGGUAAAAGAUGGGAAUUUGAUUAGAUAUGCAAAUGGGGAAGAAGAAAAAUUUAGCUGUAAUAUCGGGCUUGUAGGAAAAUGCGCAAAAGAAAAAGUCAUAUUAAAUAUCCCUGAUGCAUAUAAUGAUCCAAGCUAUAAUGGAAUUGUAGAUAUUGAUUCAACGCUGCCUGUGCUUUGCUUUCCUAUAUUAAAUCAUGAAGGAGACGCUAUAGCAGUUUUAGAAAUUUUAAAUAAUAGAGGGUGUUUUAUUUUUUUUAAAUUAAUUUUAUUAAUUAAAUUAAUUUUUUAUUUAAAAAAAAACAAUAGAGGGGUUUAUGGCAGAGCUUCAUCAAAUAGAGCAAAGCUUAAUCAAGUGGACAAUGAGAUUUUCCAGUAUUUUGAGAAGAUUUUAGCUUUAAAUUUAAAUCGAUUCUCUUAA